UUCCAGUCAGUGGAAUUGCGAUCGGGCGGCGACCUCAUAACCAAAGACAUCGCGCCGUCGAACCGUUCCGGCUCCAGACGCAUCCUCUCGUCCACAGCACAACACAAAGCAACAUGGGAAGCACUCGCCUUCCCGGAGUUGACCGUUUGAUUGGAUCGUUGGCGACAAUUGGCGUCGGAGUCGCCAUAUAUCUUGCGCAUCAGUUCUUGAAACCCAAGGAAAUGACGCUGGACGAGUAUUACAGGCAGAAGUAUGUAGACCCGAGUACGCUCGUUGGACACAAGGGCAGUUGCGGCUGUGGGAAUCUGACGUUUAUUGUCCUCGCGCCAAGGUCGUUGUGUGCAUUUGACGACAGCAACACGUUUCCUUCCAAGUUGGGUCGUAUUCCCGUCUUUCUUGCGCCCAUGACACACCUCCAGAUGACGAGCAACCACUCGGCCACCGACGUCGCGGUCUACUCGCACCAAGCUUCGGCGACAUACGCGACGCAGCACGUGUUCUGCAAGCAAUGCGGCAUCCAUCUCUUCCACAUGGAGCUCCAUCGCAACGACCAAGUCGCCAUCAAUGUCUACACUCUCGAGACGGACUACAUUGAAGAUCUUCGCGUAGAGUUUCCCCAGUUGUGGUGCUGGUCGCCGACGCGUCCGAUCCGUAGGUGGUGUUUGUGCCCCAGGGCGCAUAUCCCUUGUUCCAGCGCGUGCCGUCGUCGGCCGUCACUGAUGGGGAAACAUUCCCUUCUCUGGCAAAAGGACCGUCCAAACAGCGUCAGGCAGCGCUGCAACAAGGCAACCAAAAUGCUUCAGAAUUUGAAAAACAGCUGAUGCUGUGGGCUCACUUGGACCCCGGCGCGACGCCCGACUCACCGCCGUCGUCCGACGGCCAGGCCGCAUCCCACGAUGACGAGGAAGAUGACGGUUCGCCAAACAAAUCGGUCACGGCCUCAAACACACAGCCGGUCACGUUGGACAAGAUUCCAGAGCAAGAGCUCGUGCGGAUGAAGUACCAGCUUCAGUAUUAUUUGCAGCGGCAUUUGGAAACCAAUAGUCAGUCUGCGUCGUGCACCGUGUGACGACGUGGUAGCAACGUCGUCCCAAUCAAAACACAAUGUACAUGUACUCGGAAG